AUGAAUGUUGGUGUAAAAUGUUCAGAGGACAACAAGCUAUCGGAUCCGGAUAAAUGGAUAGGACAAAGUCAGGUAACAGAAUUGAUCAACAACAUGCUCACAACCGGAUUUGUUAGUGCUCUGUUCAGUGAGGAUGAGAAAGACGCCAUCCAGCAGAAUAUUUGGGCGGAGGCCGAAGCACGAAUACGUGCUGAGGCUCUGGCCAGUGGAGCAAUAAAUGUACCCAUUAAUAAAGAAUCUGUGUGGAACUAUUUCAAAACAGAUUGCGCUUCUCGAUUGCAUCUUGUGCUCUGCAUGAACCCAACAGGUGACACGUUGCGUACUCGAUGUCGUGAUUUUCCGGGGAUUACAAAAUGCACUACCAUUGAUUGGUACUUCCCCUGGCCCGAACAAGCACUGUAUGCCGUUGCAUGCAGUUUGAUUGAUCCAAAGUUCAGUCAAGUUCCAGUCGCCCAUUGGGAAUCGGUUGUGACCAACGUGGUCAACAUUCACCGGUCAGUGCAAAUGGCAUCAAACGAAUUCAAACGACAAUUGCGUCGCAUCAAUUAUGUGACAGCGACUAAUUAUAUUCUGUUCAUCAACGGAUUUCUUAAACUGUUGGAUGAGAAAACCAAUGAAAACAUCUCGCAACAGAGGCGAUUACAAGGCGGAUUGGAGAAACUACACGAGACUGCGAUUCAAAUUGAACAGUUGAAUGUGAAGCUGGCUGUACAAAAAGUCAUCCUCGAGGAGAAGACCACCUCGUGCGAAUCCUUGAUGAAUGAGAUUAAUGAGUCCACGGAGGUGGCCACCGCAAAAAAGACACAGGCACAAGAAAAAUCGGUCGAAUUGGGCAAGCAAGCCAAGAUCAUUGUGGCUGAGAAGGCAAGCUGA